AUGAAUAACAGACCAUCGCCUGUUCCCAAAGGUGAACGCGGGUUACCUGGAGAGAAAGGUGAUUCUGGUAUCGUGAACUCAGACAAAACCAAAGCAAUAAUACAAGAAAUAGUUAACGCAGGUAUGGACAAGAUGGCGGACAUUGUGGAGGAAAGGAUAUUAGAGAAGCUAAGAAAUCAAACCGAAAAUGAUGCGACCACAGAAGAUACCACUACAGUAAUUGCGACCACUCAAGGACUGUCAACUGAAGAAUGUAGCGUUGUCUAUAAUUCAAAAUGUUUUCGAGCGAUCGUUUAUGACACGCGGAACUACAACGUCACAUUAAGCGUCGCUGAAUCUAUUUGCGAAAACAAACUGGCUAACAUGUAUGACAUCACACACUAUUUACGACCAAUGAUUCCAGAUGGAUGGUUAGGGAUUUAUGUUCGUACGGGAAUGACUUACAAGCUCGGUCAGCUGUAUUCAACGACGGGCUAUGCUAUAUUUCUGCCAACUGAAGUUUGGAAUCCUUUUUUUACCUAUUCCGAUGCAUCGUUCACAACUGUUGCUGUUCUUGUCGAGCGAAACCCAGAAGACAAAGAUCAAGGGAUUUUUAAUGCUCGUCCUUCCGAUGUAUAUCACGGAGCCAUCUGUGAAAAUGAUUUAUAACUCUGUCCAUUGAAUGAUCGAUAAACAAAAUCGAUAAACAAAAUUGACCUUGGCAGAGUCACACAAGUUAACGACUGGUGAUAACUCAAUAGGUCAUACAAUCGAUUAUUACUGACAAUGUAGCUCGCUGACAGAGGUCUGCCCGACAGACAUUAAAAGCAAGUGCCGUUUUAAAACAGCUUUUUCACUUCAAUUGUCAAGGUUUCGUAACAAUUACGAUUUGCAAUUGCGUGAACUUGUGACGUUAUCUCGCUUGCGAAUGUCUAUGUGACAUUGUAUAUCCACUAAAAUGUAUAUGUUUCAGAUUCUUUUCAAAUCAUUGCGGACCCCCUGUGCAGUCAUCACGGAUCUCCAGGGGUCCGCGGCCCCCAGUUUGGGAAACAUGUUUUUAACAUUGUGAGGAAGGAGAAGGCGGUGGUCAGAAAAGGCCACGUUGCAUAUCACAGAAAUAAUUACUGAUAUUUUAACUCGAAUUUUGCUUGAUUCAAUAAUGAAUAAUCGACAUAAACUCUAUUUUAACCUGGUCAGUUUGUUUUCAAACAUUUCAACUUGUUUGACUUGUUUCAGGAAAUGACCGUUCAUAACUUUUGU